AUGUCAAAUACUAAAAACGCGCUAGAAAACAAGAUAUCGAUAAAAUAUAACAAUUAUAGUUUACAAUUUAAUCGAUGGUUUCUCAAGCCAAUUGGUGCGUGGCCACAAAAAAAUGCGAGAUCAGUGUGGAAAAUCUUUAUAUUAUUACACAUUUUCAUUUGUUCAAGUAUAAUAGCAACCAUAACGGCACCGUGUUUGUUAUACGUAUUAUUUGAAAAAGUGAACAUUAAGCAAAGAUUGAACGUAAUUGGACCACUGCUUCACAGGCUUAUGGGCAUGAUAAAUUAUUGGGUGCUGUUAAAGCGCAGCGAUGAUAUUCACAAACUAAUACGACACAUGGAGACAGAUUGGAGUCUUGUACAAAGAAUAGACGAACGUGAAUUGAUGCUACAACAUGCCAAGUUCGGUCGUUCCGUCGCUAUGAUCUGUGGAUUAAUCAUGCAAGGCGGUACGAUUCUGUUCAGUUUAACAAGAGCAUUGAAAACUAUAACUAUCAUCGUUGGCAACGAAACUUUUACGACGUAUCCCAUGACCUGUCCGGUUUAUAGCAAGAUCAUCGACACAAGAUUUAGCCCUGUGAAUGAAAUCGCGUUGGUUCUGCAGUUUCUGUCAACAUUCAUACUGAGUUCUUCUACUGUCGGUGCUUGUAGUCUGGCUGCUGUCCUCGCGAUACAUGCUUGUGGUCAGCUGAAUGUGCUGUCUAUAUGGUUACAUGAACUUGUUCAGAAUCAGGAGAAGAAAAAUCAUACAGCUAAAAAAAAACUGGCCGUUAUUGUGGAACAUCAUCUGAGAAUACUGAGUUUUAUAUCACGUGUGGAAAGUAUUAUGCAUAAAGUUUCUCUUGCGGAAUUAAUGGGAUGCACGAUAAGUAUGUGCCUACUUGGAUAUUAUACUAUUAUGGCUUGGGAAACGCUCGAUACAGCAAAACUAACAUCUUACUUUAUUGUAUGGUUAUCGAUGGGUUUCAAUAUUUUUAUAUUUUGCUACAUCGGAGAGAUUAUCACAGAACAGUGCAAAUAUGUUGGGGAAGUGGCAUACAUGACUGAUUGGUAUAAUCUACAUCACAAGACUGCACGUGACCUCAUUUUGGUUAUUGCUCGAUCGAGUAAUGUGAUUAAGAUCACUGCAGGAAAGUUGUUCCAUUUAUCUAUUGCAACUUUUGGCGAUGUAAUUAAAACUUCCAUAGCUUAUUUAAAUCUCUUGCGAACAAUGACUAUGUGA